CUUCCCGCACAGCCGGUGAAAGCCCAUUGGCCACCAACUCCGCGUGGCGAUCGGCGCUGCUAUAUAGCGGCCAUAUUCCCGUCGCCUCCCUGCGUCACUUCGUUCCCAAUUUCUCAUAGUGCGGCGCAACGCCAUCCGGAGUAGUAAAGCUACCCGCUCCCGGAAACUCUUGAUCAGUGGUGCUCAAUUCAAUGGCUUCCUUGGCGUCUCGCUUGCCUCUGGCAGUGCUGCUGCUCGUGGCCUGCUCCUUCUCCACGGUUGCCGCCAGCACCUACACCGUCGGCGACGGCUCCGGCUGGACCACCGGCGUCGACUACACCUCGUGGGCCGCCUCCAAAAGCUUCAAGGUCGGCGACAGUCUCGUGUUCAACUAUGCGAAAGGUCUGCACACGGUGGUGGAGGUGAGCGCGGCGGAGUCCAUGGCGUGCACGGCGGCCAGCCCGCUUGGCUCCGACAGCAGCGGCGCGACCACGGUGCCCCUCAAGACGCCCGGCACCCACUACUUCGUCUGCAGCAUCACGGGCCACUGCGCCGCCGGGAUGAAGCUCGCCGUGACCGUCGGCGGCUCCUCCUCCCCCGCCACGCCGACGCCGACGCCGACGACCCCAAGGACGUCCCCAACCCCCACCACGCCCUACACGACGCCGGCGACCCCGACCACCACGCCCUACACGACGCCGACCACCACGACGCCGACGACGACCCCGACGUGCGCCGGAGGUGGAGGCACCACGACAACAACCCCGGGCACGACGCCGUUCAUGGCGUACCCCGGCGCGGCCGGCCCCGGGCCGGCGGCGUUGGCCGGAUUUGGCCUGGUUUGGUUCGUGAUCGUCCAGCUAGCGCUGCUUUAGACACAAGGGCCAUUGAUUGAUCGACCAGGAUGGAGGCAGUGCUCUUAUACAGCUAGGUCAUGUCUCCUGUAACAUGCUACUGAUGUGUUUGUUCUUUGUUACGCAUCGAGCUGGUGUUCCCAUGGGAACGGAUGCUUCGGCUCUGCUCUGAAUCGAGGUGCUGUCACUUACCUA